AUGGCCUCCUCGGCAUGGAAAUCGGAUCUUUCAUCCGUUGAUCGAUAUGAGAUUAUAUCUAAAAUCUCAGAGUCUCUCCCCUCGCAUGACAUGAGUGAGGCCAUCACCAUUGAACAAGCCGCAUACGACAACUCAACCUCACGAGAAGAAUACAACUCUGCUUGUCAACCUAGCGCAGCCAUCUCUUCUCCUCCAUUCUCAUCAACUCCCACAGAGCCAAGCACGGGCAUCCGCAUCGGCCCAUAUCUCAACUGCACCCCCAUCUCAGACGGCAUCACCUCCGAAGUCUUCCGCACUCAAUCCGGCAACCAAACCCUCGCCCUCAAAGUCAUCGUCGCCCACCAAAACCUCGAACCGCACAACCCCCUCCGCGAAAUCAAGAUCCUCCAAACCCUCAAGCCACCAUGCAUCCCCCUCCUCGAAACCUUCCGCGACCAAGAGCAGCGCCUCGUCCUCGCCUUUCCCUACAUGCCGCUCACCCUCGCCGACAUACUCGAUAAAAGCCCCUCCGGCCUGGAACCAUCUCACAUCCGCUCCAUCUUCACCGACGCCCUCCACGCCCUCGCAUCCAUCCACUCUCACGGCAUCAUCCACCGCGACAUCAAGCCUUCUGCCAUCCUCCUCUCCUCUCCCUCCGGCCCAGCCCACCUCUCCGACUUCGGCACCGCCUGGCACCCGACCUUCUCUUCUUCAUCAGAACCACCAGCCGCCAAGAUCCUCGACAUCGGCACCGGCCCCUACCGCGCCCCCGAGGUACUCUUCGGCAACAAGGCCUACUCCGCCGCCGUCGACAUGUGGGCUCUGGGCGCCAUGCUCGCAGAGGCCAUCCGCUCGCCGCCAGCGCCGCUGUUCGAGUCGCGCGCCGUCCACGAGGACGGCAACCAGCUGGGCCUGAUUCUGAGCAUCUUCAAGACGCUGGGCACGCCGACGCCCGAGACGUGGCCCGAGGCAAACGAGUUUCGCGUCACGCCCUUUGAGCUCUGGACCGUGUUUCCACAGAGGGGAUGGGAGGUGAUUUUACCGCAUGUCGAUGCAGGGUUUAGAGACGCCGUAGCGAGAUUAGUUCGGUACGAUGGGAGCAGGGCUUCGGCCGACGAGGCUUUAGCAUUCAAGUGCUUCACAAGUGACGAGUAA